AUGGGCAACCAGGACGUUAUAAUUGUUGGUGCUGGCGUUGUUGGCCUCACUCUGGCGCAUGGCCUGAAAGCGAUCUUUGAGCGGGAUGAAAAUGUCUCUGCUAGAGGGCAAGGAUGGGCCAUCACCAUCCAUUGGGCAUUGCCGUACCUGAAAGAAAUGCUCGGACCGGAAGUACUGAAGGAAGUGGAUGCCGUACAAGUUGAUCCUGCAGUUGGACGCAGUGAUAAUGGCAACUUCCUCUUCAUCAAUCUAUCUGACUGUUCUACGAAAUUUCGGAUACCACCUUCGACACGGAGGCGGGUGAACCGUGAGAAAUUGCGGGCAGUGCUCUUGAAAGACGUGGAAGAGCAUGUCCAAUGGUCGAAGCGAUUGGUCGACGUAAAGGUCGAUAGCGAGGGGUCUGGGGUCCAAGCUGUCUUUGAAGAUGGUUCCGCUUACUCUGGGGCUCUCCUUAUAGGUGCCGAAGGCAGCAACUCGGCGGUAAGGAGGUUUUUGUCACCUCAAGAUUAUCGCAAUCGGCAGCUUCCCAUCCGAUUUGUAGGUUCAGGGAUCAACAUGACGCCGGAACAAAUCAAGCCACUAAGAUCUUUGGACCCUUUACUAUUUCAAGGUUGCCACCCUGAAACCUCUUGUUUUAUGUGGGUCAGCAUGCUGGAAGUUCCCGAAGUCAACGGCACUGCUGGAACGGACGAAGAACGCUACCGGGUUCAGAUUAAUCUGUCGUGGCCAGUCAAAAGCCAGGAGGAUGAGGUGAAAGUCGACAACCAUGAGAGACUAUUAGAUAUGAAAAGAAGGGCCAACGGAUUUGCGCCAACGCUGAAGACCGCCGUUGAGGCUAUUCCAGACGAUGCCGAAGUGCUGGAAAUAAAACUGGCGGAUUGGCCGUGUCUACCGUGGGACAACCAUGGGGGGAAAGUGACAUUGAUGGGAGAUGCCGCACACGCAAUGACCAUGUAUCGUGGAGAGGCUGCAAAUCAUGGAAUGCUUGAUGCAUUCAAUCUCUGCCAAGCAUUGAAAUCGGUAUAUCAAGAAUGCAAGCCUUUGGGCUCGACCAUUGACGACUUCGAGCACGAGAUGAGAAGCCGCACAAGCCAUGCGGUGCAAAUGAGCAGACAGGCAUGCUUUGAUGCGCAUGACUGGAACCGGCUAAACGAGAAUUCAGCUAUUCUCACCAAGAGGGCCGUUGUAGCCAAAUAA